AAAUUUGUAGACACGUGGAAAAGACGGGCGACGGUCCUUCGCCCGCGCCUGUCCCGUCUGCGGGCCAGGGCAACAGGAGGGAGCAGGGACGCCCUUGGCUAGCGAAAGCUCGCGUCGGGAAGGAGGCAAGGGGCGCGCCGCCUCCCGGAGGCGCUAAGAAGGAGGAAGGAGCUGGCGAGUCCUGCGGCGCUCUGAGGGGAACGCUGCCGCCGCGCCUCCUUUAAGCGCGCGUCUGCCCCCGCCUGCGACUCCUUCCUUCCAAGGGGGGCGCUUCUUUCUCUUGUCGCCGCGCUGCAUGGGGCGCCAGCGCUUGGCGCUUUCCAGAUAUGGUCUCGGUGGCGGUGGAUAGCUCUCUGUGAUCCCCGGCAUCCGCGGUGACUGGCCCGGCGGGAGGAGGAAGAAGCGAACGAGGUAGAAGGCGGCCAGGAGGAGCGCUCGGCUGGUGCCCAGAAUCAGUCAGCCGGGUUGCUGCGGGCGGCUCAGUUUGCAGGUUAGAAAAGAUUUGGAAAUUGGUCUGACAGAACAAUCAUGAUGGGAUUAAGGAAUUCAACUGCCUUGCCUGGUGGUCUUCUUCUUUUAACUGUUGCACUUUUGCUAUGUCAUGUGGACAAAGUACAUACAGAACAUCAACCUGAAGAAACCAAUUAUACAAAAAUAUGUUCUGGUUCCUAUAUCUGUAAGAAAGGUAUAAUUUUGCCAAUUUGGGAACCUCAAGAUCCUUCAUUUGGUGAUAAAAUAGCAAGAGCUACUGUAUAUUUUGUGGCCAUGGUCUACAUGUUUCUAGGAGUGUCUAUUAUAGCAGAUCGUUUCAUGUCAUCCAUAGAAGUUAUUACAUCCCAAGAGAGAGAAAUAACAAUCAAGAAACCCAAUGGUGAGACCAGCAAGACAACAGUAAGAAUUUGGAAUGAAACUGUUUCGAACUUAACACUGAUGGCUUUGGGCUCUUCUGCACCUGAGAUCCUCCUAUCUGUCAUUGAAGUGUGUGGCCAUGGCUUCAAGGCAGGAGACCUUGGGCCAAGCACUAUUGUAGGAAGCGCUGCCUUUAAUAUGUUUGUCAUUAUAGCCAUUUGUGUUUAUGUUGUCCCUGAUGGAGAAAUCAGGAAGAUUAAGCAUCUUCGUGUGUUUUUUGUGACUGCAGCUUGGAGCAUUUUUGCCUAUACUUGGCUGUAUUUAAUUUUGUCAGUUAUGUCACCUGGAAUAGUAGAAGUCUGGGAAAGUUUGCUCACUUUCUUCUUUUUUCCUAUCUGUGUGGUGUUUGCAUGGGUUGCUGAUCGAAGGCUUUUAUUCUACAAGUAUGUCUACAAGAAGUACAGAGCUGGAAAGCAGAGAGGCAUGAUAAUUGAACAUGAGGGUGAAGGGCCACCAUCUAAAGCUGAUAUUGAAAUGGAUGGAAAGAUAGUUAAUUCCCAUGUUGAAAGUUUCUUGGAUGGCACUCUGGUCUUAGAGGUGGAUGAGAAGGAUCAAGAUGAUGAUGAAGCAAGGAGAGAAAUGGCUAGAAUCCUGAAGGAAUUGAAACAGAAGCAUCCAGACAAAGAGAUUGAACAGCUAAUAGAAUUAGCUAAUUAUCAAGUUCUGAGUCAGCAACAAAAGAGUCGCGCCUUUUAUCGUAUUCAGGCUACUCGGUUAAUGACUGGAGCUGGCAACAUAUUGAAGCGACAUGCAGCUGACCAAGCACGAAAAGCUGUCAGCAUGCAUGAGGUCAACUGUGAGGUGGCAGACAAUGACCCUGUCAGUAAGGUCUAUUUUGAGCAGAGCACCUAUCAGUGCCUUGAGAACUGUGGCACAGUAGCUCUAACAGUUGCCCGUCGAGGUGGUGAUUUAACCAAAACAAUCUUGGUUGAUUUCAGAACAGAAGAUGGCACAGCCAACGCAGGGUCUGAUUACGAGUUCACUGAAGGGACAGUGGUAUUUAAGCCAGGUGAGACACAAAAAGAAAUAAGAGUUGGCAUAAUUGAUGACGAUAUAUUUGAGGAAGAUGAGAAUUUCCUUGUUCACCUCAGUAAUGUGAAAGUGUCAGAACAAUCUGAAGAGGGCAACCAUCUUGCAACUAUGGCUUGCCUGGGAUCACCUGCUACAGCCACAGUUACAAUCUUUGAUGAUGAUCAUGCUGGCAUAUUUACUUUUGAGGAACCAGUCACUCAUGUAAGUGAGAGUGUGGGGACCAUGGAGGUGAAAGUGCUACGGACAUCUGGAGCUCGAGGAAAUGUUAUUGUGCCAUACAAAACAAUUGAAGGCACAGCCAAGGGAGGCGGAGAGGACUUCGAAGACACCUGUGGAGAGCUUGAAUUUCAGAAUGAUGAGAUUGUCAAAACGAUAUCUAUCAAAGUAAUUGAUGAUGAGGAGUAUGAGAAAAACAAGACCUUCUACAUUGAAAUUGGGGAGCCCCGUCUGGUGGAGAUGAGUGAAAAGAAAGCCCUGUUGUUGAAUGAGCUUGGUGGCUUCACAAUUACAGGGAAAUGUUUGAAUGGCAAGCCUGUCUUCAGGAAAGUUCAUGCUAGAGACCAUCCCCUUCCUUCUACUGUAAUCAACAUUCAAGAGGAGAACGAAGAGAAGCAGCCUCUGACAAGCAAAGAGGAGGAAGAACGCCGCAUUGCUGAAAUGGGGCGCCCCAUCCUGGGGGAGCACACAAAGCUAGAAGUGAUUAUUGAAGAGUCCUACGAGUUCAAGAACACUGUGGACAAGCUUAUUAAGAAGACAAAUCUAGCUCUUGUGGUUGGAACUAACAGCUGGAGAGAACAGUUCAUUGAGGCUAUCACUGUUAGUGCUGGAGAGGAUGAUGAUGAUGAUGAAUGUGGCGAAGAGAAGCUACCAUCCUGCUUUGAUUAUGUGAUGCACUUUCUGACCGUCUUCUGGAAAGUCUUUUUUGCCUUUGUUCCCCCAACAGACUACUGGAAUGGUUGGGCUUGUUUUGUAGUGUCCAUCAUUAUGAUUGGCCUUCUCACAGCUUUCAUUGGGGAUUUGGCAUCCCAUUUUGGCUGCACAAUUGGCCUGAAGGACUCUGUAACUGCAGUCGUAUUUGUUGCACUGGGAACUUCAGUACCAGAUACAUUUGCCAGCAAAGUAGCAGCAACACAAGAUCAAUAUGCAGAUGCUUCCAUAGGUAACGUGACUGGUAGCAAUGCUGUGAAUGUUUUCCUGGGAAUCGGCGUAGCCUGGUCCAUUGCUGCAAUCUACCAUGCAGCCAAUGGGGAGUCAUUUAAAGUCAGCCCAGGCACCCUGGCUUUCUCUGUCACCCUCUUCACUAUAUUUGCUUUUAUCAGUGUUGGUGUGCUCCUCUACCGGCGAAGACCAGAUAUUGGAGGUGAGCUAGGCGGGCCACGGACUGCCAAGAUUCUGACCUCAUCCCUCUUUGUGCUGCUCUGGCUCUUGUACAUAUUUUUCUCAUCUUUGGAAGCCUACUGCCACAUAAAGGGCUUCUAAAGAAACUAUUGAAGAUAGUAUCUAUAUGUAUCUAUAUAUAGAAAGAGAGAUAUAUAGAUAUAGAUCUAAUAUUAUUGAACAGAAAAGAAAAAAAUUUGCCAUGUUCACUUACCUAUUGAUGGAAUGUAGCUUUGUGGUAGGAGUUUGAAAUCUGCAGGAGUCUUCACCAGGAGCAGCAGCAUUGCAAUGGAGACAUGGAUGCAGGGCUAUCUUUGCAACUCAGCCUACAAGGUCAUGAUGGAGUUACUUUGUAUUUCCCUUUUCCCUCCCUCUCUAAGAAGCAGUUGGAUGUCAAAGGGGGUUGUUUGGAAAGACAAAAAGCCAACUUUAAGUUAUAUCAUAUUGGGUGAAGGACUUAAGUGGGAGUUCUUGACUUUCUGACCAAUAUCUUUGUUGCCUUCUUCAUUAACUCAAGAACAAGCUGAAUCACCACCCUGAGUGACACGUGAGUCUAGAGUGACCAACACAAUCCAAAGGGGUUCCAACCCUAUGCUGUUUGUGGGGAGGAUAAUUUUGUUUGAGGUUUUGUUUUGUUUGUUUUUAUUUUUGCUUCGAUCCCUCCUUAACUGCCUGGUUGUUCAGAUGUUAUUAAACCACAGAUAACCCUUUCCCAUUAUUUCAGAACUCUAUUUAUGACCAGCACACUCUUAAAAGAAAAAUAGCCACCUAAACCUAAACAAUUCUCCAUUUGCUCCAGACUGUGGAUUAUAGACUCAUGCCCAAAGCCCUAGCAUUUUCCCCUGUAUUUCUGACAUAUUGUGUCAGAUAAAUUUCAGUUCCCUCCUAUUCCCUUUCCAUCUACCAAUAGAUGCUGCUAUGCUCCUUCUCAUACUCCAAAUUGGGAAUGCUUUCAUUGUACUUGUUGUAACACUUUGCAUGAAUGAAGCAAACCAUAAUCUGUAAUAUAGCAUUGAAUAGUGAUAGUGAAGCUGACUGACCAUUGAAAAUGCAAGCGUGUUUCUUUCCAUUUCUUUUCAAUGAACAGAGUGAGAGUCCAGAAAUGGCUGGUAUUCAUUCUGUUGCUCUCUAUAAGGUUCCUAAGAAGCAAUAACUAAGAGCUGGAGAAAGUCUUAGGUUUUAAAGGGAAGAAUUUGUGCAAGUUUUAUCACAUAGAAAGGGAUCUUUCUAUGUUUACCAGUCAAGUACAGGACUCAGAACGUUGUUUAUACUGAGUCAAGCCAGUGACCUAUCUAGCCCAGGACUCUCACUUAGAGUGAUUCUCUGAGGUCUCAGGGAGAAGCCUAUCCAGCCCUGUAACUAUUUUAACUGGUGAUUCCAUGAAUUGAACUGUUGGAUAGAUGACACGCUAGCAUGUGCUUUACCACUGAGUUUUGUGGAUGAAUUUAGCCUGUUGGAAUUAAUUGGACUUAGCAUUGUUCAUUUUAAGUAUGAACAGCUGUGUUGAACCCUAAAUCACCAGAACAUCCUUGAAGUUUUUUUCAAUCGCCCAUUUUACCUGGAGUAUUUAUGCUGCAUAUGCUCCAGAUGCCAAUUCUUUGGUCUCUUGCAUUGUUUAUUCUCUCUGUUCCUGCUCUUGCUCUAUGGAAAUCUCUGAACCUUUGUAAAGGGCAACCCACCAUCAGAAUACUGUAAUUCAAAUUUAUUCUCCCAUGCAGAAGUUAAAAAAUUCUACCACUCAUUGGCCUUCAGAACAACAAUGAGUCCUAGCAAGAAAUGUGACACUAUCUGGAUUGUCUGGCAGUGAAUUGGCAUUUAUCUCCAUGAAUUAAAAAUAUCAGUAUUGCUGUAGACAUUGAUGAGUACAUGUCAACAAUGUACGUAUCAAUGUUCAGAAUAGAUUAAUGUACCAAAAAGAAGCUUUGCUUGGAAUCUAUCAUUUAGGGACAGUGCAACUGAAUAGUCCAGUGAUAUUUAUUUUGUAGCUGGUUUGUCUAUUGAUUUCUUCAUGCGCUGUCUUUCUAUUAUUAUUUUUUUCAUUCUUCAGAACUCCCUCACCACUACAUCUGAAAUAUCUAAAGCAAAUUUAAAAGGGGAUUCAGGAGAAUGAAACUUUUUGAAAUAAUUCAUUUUUCAUUAUUAACUAAAAAUAGAUUCUAUUUAUGGGUGCCAGAGAAGUAAAAAUGUACAUGACUUUGCUGCUUCCCUAGUCACAUGGAAGCAGCAUGGGUAGCCAUGUGCAGUACAGGUUUUAUACCUUAACAAUUGUCAUAAACACUGUAAUUGCAGUGGUAACCAGUUUCUGAAAAAGAAAACUGACACGUAAUUAGGGGAAGACCAAAGCCAUAGAUGUUUCCAUAUCAUAAAAAUAUAGCCGUGCUUACAAUGAUUAAGGAGCUGUUCUCUAGAGUAUCAGUGGAGAAUCUAUGGCCCUUUGGGUAUUAUUGGACUCCAGUUCCCACCAGUGUGGCCAGUAGUUCAGAAUCAUGGGAGUGAUAUUCAAUAAUAUUUGAAGAGUCUCAGGUUUAUCCACCUCCAAUUGGAAAAUGAAAAGCUAUAUAUGUAAAAUAUAUUUCUCAUUGUUACUUUAGCAGUGCUGCUGGAUGUCGGUUGAAAAAAUAUGUAGAUAUAUUUCCAAGUAUUUCUCCCAAAUAUAGAAUGAUAUUCUUUUGGAGUUUAUAAUUGCUCCUUUAUUCACGGGGGUGCGUGACUGAUAAUGACAAUUCUUCUAUCACAUGAUCCAUUUUCUCAUGGACAGUAACAUACACAUCCAGUAUGUUAUGUAAGCAAAGUGGCUGUAUGAAUUCGCAUCCAUAAAAUCCUACAAUCCUUAAAUCAUACAAUCACAGAGUUGGAAAUGACAUGCUCAGUGCAUUAAUUAAAUGGAAAGGCUAGAAUACCAAUGUCUGUAGAUCAUUCUAUAAAACUGCAAAAACGUGAGACAUAUUUGAUGCUGCAGGGAAACUAAUUGUAUUAUAAUGACUGAGUGAAUAAAGUAAAAUAGGGGAUGCAAUUUUUAUGCAUGUAGAAUUUCAUACUAGAUUUCUAUCUGUAUAUGCAGCCCAGACUCAUUGAAAUUAAUGAUAAUUUUUCCAGAGUAAUGGAUCGGAUGCCUCGGGUAUUUAGGGAUUCUGUUCAAUAUAAUGGCAACCUUUUUCCCAUUAAUUUCAGUGCAGAGGCUACCUAUUCAGAUGCAGUUUUAUUUGCGCAUGAUCAAGCACACAGAAAGCUUUAAAAGGCCUAGUCUACAUCACCAGUGAAUGUACAUUACCUGUGGCUAUCUCAAAUCCUUAGUAGUAUCUCUUAAUCUAGCUAUAAAAUUAAAAAAAUAAAAUUGUUCUCACAUCACAUGGUUAAAAGGAUGGAAGUUAGACUAGGUUUUCAAUCAUUUUGAACAAUCUGUGGAAUGCUUGAAUUCUGAGUUUUUCUUUUAAUUUUUUUUUUCCUGUAAAUUGUUUAUCACUUUUGAAGGCUUUUUGUUCUCUGUUUAAUUUCAUUUGAUUUGUCUGUUAUGGACUGGGGGGGGGAAUAAUAUUUGGGUUGUUCAGGGAUCAUUAAUAAUAAUAAUAAUAUGAUUAUUGUGUUUGUGUAAAAUUAUUUCAUUUCAUCUGUUUUCUUUCAUUUUAUUGAUGUGUGUAAUGCACAUUAACAGAAAAAGUGUGUACACUAAUUGUGAUCAACAGUACACUGAGACACAGAUAAUAAAAUGUAUAAUUAGUUUUGAUUUAAAGAUCAGUACUGCUGCAUUUUCCCUCUAUUCUGUCUCAUUUCUUUUUUCCAUUAAUUCAUCUCAUCUAGUUCAUUUUGUUGUUGUUGUAUUAUUAUGAAAUGAUAUAUUAUUUGCUUAAACUAGAAGUAUAAUGGAUUCUAAAAAAUCUGGGAAAUGCAUUUACCAAUCAGAAAUUUUCUGAUGCUUCAACUCUAUCUAGAAAAUGCAGUCAGAGAAACAACCAUAUUAUUUGUUAAUUCCUUACAAUGCAUACAUUCCUCAUAAUUUAUUCUAUUUAAAAUAUUGUACUACUACAAAAUCACAUUAAUUCAAAAUACAUAAUUUUACAUUUAAAAUUAUCACAUAAUAGUCUUUCAUCCUUCAAAAUAUAAUUUUAUUUAAAAGCUUGGAUUUUAAAGUUUUAAAGUCUGACUUUCUUUUCAUUAACACAUAAUCAAAUCAAGGAAUUUACCCCAAAAUUCACAUAAUUACAAACAUCAUAAUAUUUUAACAAGCAAAUUUUUAAAUUAGUAACCUUACUCAUUUUAUAUAUAUUCACAUUUGUUGUUUUGUUUCAGUAUUGAACAUUAACUUAUUUUUAAAGUUCCAUUUCAUAUAUUUCCUCAUUUUCAAUGGUCACUGUCCUACAAUUGAAUACUAAAAUCUCAGUUAAACAAAUAAAAAUGCAUGGCAAAAAAAACCCUUCUUAGAAUUGUAAUGGAUGCAGGUGUGUCAAACUGUUAAUUCAAGUAGACCAGAAGCAGUAUGUGGCCCAAUUAGUAGCCAAUAUCAAGAAGUAGGCAUGUAUUCAAAACAGGAAGAGCUAGGGAAAAAGCAAGAGAAGAUAGCCAUUUGGGGCCAAGACAAGUUGAAUUUUGAAAGUGUUGUCACAAAAGGCUGUCAUAUAGAAUAAAACACCUUAACAGCUGACAGGUGUUGUCUGCCACUACAGUUUCCUUUGUCUUUUCCUUCAGGUAGGUCUGCACACUGCAAACAAAUGAAUUAUAGUAACUAUAGUUACCCAUCAUUUCAUUUUCUAAGGCUGAGCUAGGAAAUGAGAAGCUGUCUGGUAAUUGUGUUGUGCCAAUUAUAGAGUACCAAAAGGGGGAGAAGCCAGCAAGGUUAAAGCUCUAAAGUAAAAGGAACAUAUACUUGGGUAACAUUUUCAUGCCGUCUUGUUGAGAUUGGGGAUCAUGCCCUGAAGAUACAUAAGGUUUUACAAGGCUGGCAGACCAAGAUUGGUCCUUGAGAGAUGGUUGUACUAGGACAAUGUUCUCAGCUGAAUUUGCUAGGUAUCAGUAGAACUAAAGGAUGCAGAGGAGGUAAGUAGAGAAAGUAACAUGCUUGUGUAUUGAUUCAGGCUUACCCUCAGUCUGGCACAUCAUUCCAUCCUCAUUUAUGAUGCCAGCCUAAAUCCCAUUCAAAUGAUCCCUGGUAAAUGCACAAAACUAGUAAUGCCCAGCUAGAAAUGAAUAGAGGUCUGGUACAUACAAGUAAUGCAUUGAAAAUCUUACCUUAAACCAUGCUCUCUGGCACAGGUUUGUGGAAUAGAGGAAAACAAAAUUUGACUGAUUAUUAUUUUGUUAAGGAUACUACAUUAGGCUGCAAAAAUCCGGACAACCACUGUGGCAGCGAAUGUUACAUCAUUUCUUUGCUACUAUCUAGUGGUCUUCCAAAUUUUUACUGUUCACAUCUAGUAACCCUAAUUUCUGUAACUCUCAAAGUACAAGAGCAUUCAUAAAAUUAUGGAGAUUAUUCUGUUUGUGGUUCUAGAACUAGAAAUCUGCUUGUUCCUAAUGUUAAAAAAUGUAUGUUAUGAUAAUUGCUUCUCUCCCUCAUGCAAGUACACAGAGACUUAUUUGUCCUCAUAAAAUAAUUGUAUUUCUCAGGUUAAUAAAGUUCUAUCAUUUAUCUGUAUGAAAGCCCCUUUCAAAGCACGCAGAAGAGAUUCUUCAUAGAAAGAAUGUUCAUAUCUCAUUAAGUAUUCCAUUAAUACAUCUUCUGCUAAGAAAGUUUUACUAGAAACAAUAGCAAUACCCGGCAUUUCCCAAGGCAGUGGUCUCAACCUUGCAAACUGGCUGGGGAAUUCUGGGAGUUGAAGUUCACACAUCUUAAAAUUGCCAAGGUUGAGAAACAAUGAUUUAAGUAUUAGAAGGAUCUUUUCCUGUUAAAAUGAACAGAGGUUUAUCAUCAUCACCCAAAGUUAUGGGAUGGGUGAGGGGGAAAAUCACAGAAGAUUGUGAUCUUCAGCACAGAUGUGCUAAUAGAAAAGACCUCUCCUAUGAAUUCAGUGGUCCAGUUUCAUGAUAGGCAGAGUUGCAGUCCCAGGCAAUUCCAUAGUUCACUAUGAACUUUUCUUCAGCUAGGUCAAUGAUGGUAAACCUUUUGAGCUCGUCAAAACUUUGAGAAAUGCCUAACUUGACUCUGCAGUUGCGUCUCACACACAUACUAACAAACAAAAGAGAAAUAAUUCUCUAUCUCACCCCUCCCCCCCCAUCUAGGCCAUCCUGAACAAUGGCACUUCAGCAUCAGGUGUUGGUGAAUACUGGCGUGUCACUCAAAAUGUCAUGGUAUAUCACCUUUGACACCCUUGUCAUAGAUUCACCAUCAUUGAGCUAGGAAGUUAGAAGAAAAAACACACAAAGGGACAGCAUGCAGUGUUAGUCUUGCUCUGUCUAAGGUUAUGAUGCAGUUGCCAAAAAGAAAAAAAAGCAAUCGCUGCUUUAGAAUCUAUGUUUUCCUUGAUCAGUGCAAGCAUGAAAAAUCGCUAACUUUUAAUUCAGUGUCAGCAGAAAAGUUAGCAAUUAUUUGGAAACAACUGCUCCUCAUAUUUUAUAAUUUAUGAAGCAUUUUAAUUUGAAAAAUGCUUUGCAGUCCUCAUUUGUUCAAUUUUGCAAAAUUCAUUGCACAAGAUUGCCCCAUCACAGCUGAAACCAAAACCAAGAGAAGGUUAGGCAGUAUUCAUCAGUAAAAAGUUAAUAAAUAGUUGGCAGUAUAACAAUACUUCCAAAAUCUUAAUGCUGGAAUAACAUCACCCUUUCUUAACACAGCUAAUUGUAACAUCAUGAAAUCACUGCUGUGGCUGUUUUACAAAAGGAAACUGAGAAGCACAAAGAUCUGAAUCAGAUGUUAAACUUUGGUAUACUGUAUAGGUGAAAGAUUAGGGCUGACUAAACAUUAUUGUUUCAUUGGUUCCUAUCCAUUCCGACUCAAAACUGGCCCAGGAAAGUUACUUCAAAGGAUUUCAGAGCAAUAAUGCAUUUGGAGAAUAAUUUGGAAAGCCACUGAAUAUGAAUAAGGAGGGACUGCAGCUUCAUUAUUGGGAAAUUCAAUAAACAGCACUGCAAUCAGCAAAAACAUAAAGAAAAUAAUGGAUAAAUGAAUUCAAGGUAGGAAAUGCCCAUUCCCCCAAGCUUUUUCAUUCAUGCAAAGCAGCCAACACUGUUCAGAAAUUUCUAAUAGAGUCUCGAUACAAAUACAGUGCACCACAGAAUCACAAUAUUUCUUUUAAUCAUGGGAUGUGGGAAACGGGGCUAACACUGGAUUGCUUGCUCUUUAAGAAGGAUGGAAUAUGGCACUCCACAUCCAAUUCCUUUACAUCAGGGGUUCCCAACCAGGGGUGCUCACACUUCCUGAAGGUGCAAGAUGAUAUUCCAGGAGGUGGGAAAAGGUUGGGAGCCGCUGCUUUACAUCAAUCAUGGAAAGCUGAUGUAGUGGGCUUCCGUCUGAAAAAGAAAAGUGAAGGGAAUUAGGGCAAGAGUCAGACAUCACAGUAAUAUAUGGCUCUUGUUAGAAAUAGAUGGCAGUUUGACUCAGGAGGUGCCUGCUUGGUGGAAACAUACCAAACUCCCAAUUUUAGGCUAGCAGAAGCUAUAGUGAUGAUGUGAAAAUCUCUGCUCUCGUACUCAUGGGGCAGGUAGAUUUCUCUUCCUUAUUUAGAUCAAAUUCUGAAACUCAGACAAGAAAUCUAAAUCAAACCUAUUAAUUAACAAUUUAAAGACUUGCCCAGGCAUGUAAAGCAAAAUAGUACUAUAGAAUAUUCCUUCUACAAUUUUUCUAUUUUCCAGGAUAACUACAUAAUUCCUUUUUAAAUUAAUGCCAGUGACUAUCUAGCCGAGAUUAACUUCCAUAAUACUUAUACAAAGCACUUUCUCUUUAUCAAGAAAACAACAAGAUAUUUUAAGAAAAGUUGGUCUGCAACCUUCCCCGGCUAUACAAUUUUCUUGAUAGAUUAUAAGUGGAUUAUGAGAAAAUUAAAUACUGGAUGAGUCAUCAGUCUUUCCCCACACACACACACACACACACUUCUUUAAGCAAGCUAUGUACCAUUAACAGGAAUAAAAUAAAGUAAAAAGAAAUCUGUGCAAUGUGUGCAUUUAGAUGUGCAGUCUUGUUUAAAAUAAACCCAGAAAAAUUUGUAGUUUGCCAGCUGAUUGCUUGCAAGGAAAGGAAAAGAUGAGAGACUGACCGUGAGAAAACUUCCAAAUAAAGCAUGUAUCUUGCGUCACAAAACAUAUAGCUAACUUAUUAAAAUUUCUAAAAUUCAUGGGCAAUUUGUAAAAAAAAAAUCAAAUUGUACAGUAUGGGAGAUCUGAUUUCCCCAGUUAAGAAAGCAACACUGAAGAAAAAUUAUUUGAUACCUACAUAUCUUAAAACAUUAUUUAGAAAAGUUAUUCUCCCUUUGACAAUGAAUUGCUGUUUCACUGGGAUGUGGAAUAAAGCUUUCUUGCCUUUUUAGCUAAACAAGGCACUACAUUUGUGGGGUUAGUGUGGUGUGAUAUAUGUCUGUUGGUCAAGACAAAAUGUUUGUUUCAGGUAACAUAAAGAGUCCUAGAUUUUCCUGUGUACUUGCUCCCUUGGUAAGUUCUCUUUCCACUAAAGAUUUAAAGUGUUUUGUUAUUAUAGUCAGGGUAACAUAAAGUAGCACAAGACAUUUUAUUUUGGUUUAAAACAGAAACAUUGAUUUUUUUUUUUAACCAAAACUGCCCUUUUGCAUUUAGGUAUAAUCACUACAGACCUGGUAUAAACUUCAUGCCAUUUUAAAAGAAAAGAAAGGUUCCUUUAUAAGCACUCCAUUAUACAAUGCAGAAAACUAUAUAAAGCAUAUCCACACUAUACCAUACAUGCAAACUAAUCUAACAGUCUUUUUUCCCUUUGGAGAUAUAGAUAUAUUGUAACACUCAGAGACAAUUGGCUAAUUAGACACGGCAUCUGAGACAUCAAAUAUUAUUCUAAUGUCAAAAGGAAUUUUGGUUGAAAGGAAUUAAUAUUGAAGCUGAGGGCCUUCCACAUUACACAAGGGUUACUCCAGAGUUUGUUACAAAAAUUACAAAACAGAAAAUUAUUCUUUGUGACCCCAUGGGUAGGAUAAUAUCAAAUGGGUUUAAUAGACAGAGAGUCUUGGGCUCAUGUUAGGAAAACUCCCAGUGAUAAAAGAAAUUCAAUAUUGGAAAUAAUGCUGUAGUACUCCAAAGGUGUUUAGGUAGUCCCUUGAAUGACUAUGAUUAUUAUGUACCAUUAAGUUAUUUUCAACUCCUAGCAAUCACAGACAUCCUUUGUAAAAAAACGGGGAGGAAGGAUUAAUUAAUUGGAAGCCAGAUCCAUAUACAAGCAAUAUAAAAUUAAAAGUUAUCGAAUUAUGCUUACAAUUUUUCCAAGCCAAAUUCAUAGUUAACAGAACAGAUAUUCUGGAUUCUCAUAAACAUCUAAAUCUUUUAUCAAAAAUCAAAUUUCCCAGUAACUUCCAAAACAGGUCCUUCCCAAGUCUUCCCAAAGUCCUUCCUCUCAGAGGAACACCACCAUUUAUUCUGUGCCGUUCAAUUUUCAGGCAUCCUUUGUCUUAGCCUCUCCCCUGUUGUUGUUGGCUAUUAAACUGCAUUAAUGUCUACUGACCCUUAAAUUGAGAUGAUGCAGGUAUGAAUGGCACCCAGUUUUCAGUAAAUUCCCUCUAGAAGAAUAUAUAGGAAUUUUGUUUUUGUUUUCUGGAAUUAUAGGAUUCUUUUUCUAUAUUGUUUGAUGUUCUUGAUACCAGCAUGAGUCAAGGGGUAGGUUAGAAAAAAUGACCAUUUUGUUCUUUUUUUUUUUUUUUUUGCUAUCAAGCAGCUUUUCUUUUUUUGUCUUACAUUUCUGCAAAAGCCUAACAAAGAUGAGGUGGUCAGCAUGACAGGCAAAGCUCUAAGCUUGCCUAUACUGUUAAUCUAUCUAGCAUAUUUAGCUGAUUUAUAGCCUGCUAGAGUGAAAGAAACCGACAGCUAGGUUUCUCGUAUAUGUAUAAAUAUUAGUAUUAUUGGUGAUUCUUCUCUCUUGUAAAGAACGUUAGUGUCUUACUCCUUCUACAUAAACAUGUUUGUAUUGGUACAUGUUCUGUUGCUUGUGGGUAUUAUUUUGCACAUUAUCAUCUUCCAUCUUUCCCCUACUUACUUUUAUGUGUAAAUUUUGCAAAUAGAAAGAUUUCCAGUUAGUGAAAUUCUUUCCCUGUUGGUUUCCUGUAGUAUUCAUAUUUUUGGGGGGAUUUCAUUAACUCCACGUUUUGGCUAUAAAUGCUUCCUAUAAACAAAUUAGACUGUUUCAAUUAGAUUGGAAGAAAAGGAAUAGAAAAACAUACCUGUUUGAGUUAUUGUUAGUUCUAUUUUUAAAUAUUGAGGUAGCACAUUCUACAUUAUAGAUCCUUCAUAUUCACAUUUUCCAUGCCUCUGAUAAUAUUGUAAUGUCUUAACAUGAGCAUAGGCCUGCUUCUUUUUUUAAAAUAAGCCUGGCUGCAAACUGCCAAAAGCUUUGGCUUCUCCAGCUACAGUUUCUUAUAGUGCCAUACACAGUUCCUUCAAGAUUACCUUAGUAUACUGAGGGAAUAUUAUGUCUCCUCAGCAGAAUCGUCUCUCUAAGGUCUUAGGUGGUGGGAAUCCCCAACUCCAUUACUUUCUGUUCAGAUAAGAAACCAGGUACUUUUCACAAGAUUACUCUGAGUAUCCAGUUUUUGCUAUUUCCCCCCCAAGUUUUUUUUUUUUUUGCAAUUUCAGAUGCAAUGGCCAAUCCAAAAAAAAAAAAAUCAUGGCAACCUAUCAGUUUUGUAGUUAAUGCAGGGAUUCAUAAUAUAAGCUUUCAAAAUGACUGAAGGUGUCAUAAUGCACAUAGCUGUAAACUUAAUGCAUAGCAAGCUUUUACAAAAUUAGUUUGGAGGGAUAUUUUGAGGGAUUUUUAGGAUAAAAUGGGAGUGAUUUCCUUUCCAAAAGCUCCCUGCUCUCAUUUUCUUCUCUUCAACACACACACACACACACACACACACAGAGAGAGAGAGAGAGAGAGAGAGAGAGAGAGAGAACAACAACUUAUGGAAAAAUGGGCGCACCUCCUCAUGUGAUAUCUCUACCAGGCCUCCGGUUCUCUGGAAGAAACCUUUGCAAGUCAUAGUCCCUUUUUAGGCUGCCCUCCACUUCACAGAAAUAUGGCAGUACUUCCAAAAUAAAUAUAUGAUCUAGAUAUUUUGAACAAGUUCAUACAGGAUUAUUUUUUAAGCUCUCAUCCUAGGUAUUACUUUGUUUUAAUGGAGGCCUAUAUUUAGAAGGGUGAGUAGUUUGUCAUCAAUUCCGAUGAAACCUGGCACUGCCAAGUGAGAAAAUGCUAGGAAUUCCAUUGUCAUUCUUCUUCAUAUUCACAUUUUGCAUUCCUCCGAUAAAAUUGUAAAGUCUUAGCAUGAUCAUAGGCUUUCUUCUUUUCUUAAAAUAAUGCUUUGCUUAAGAAUGCCAACAGAACUAAUGUUGCUACUACUUAACUUUGCAAUUUGUAAUUACAACGAUCAUUUAAUAUUCUGUGUGAGUGUAGAAGUAUUUAUCUAUUUUAAGAAGGAAGGAAAUGAAGACAAAUAUUCCCUAAGUUUUAUUUUUAUGCAUUAUGAUCCUAUUUAAAAAAUGAGGAGAGACAGAAAUAACAUCCUUUUAGGGGAGAAAAAAAAAUAACACUAUGAUGCUGAUACAAUAUCCCAUUCUGAAUGCAAAUUCUGCUGGAGAUUUUCUUUAAGAUGUUGAAAAAUAUAAUACUUUAAUAUUUUAGAUGAGAGCCAAAAAUUAAUUAUCAGUGAGAUUAAGCAUAUCAGUAUGAAUGUCAACUAAUAACCAGAAACCCUCAUGCCAAAAUUGAGUUUCUGAAUAUUACAAUAGAUGAAAGUUUCUAAUUUAAUCAACUCCUACUAACAAUUUCCAGCUUCUCUGCCCUUAAUGCACAGAAAUGUGCUUAGGUCUCCUACAAUCAAGCAAAGUAUUUACUUUGGGUUUAUUUUAAACUUAAUUGUUUUCAGCAGGAUGAAAACUUGAGUGUAACUUUAUUAUUUAGGCCAUGAUCUCUGUUUCUACAGCAACAGCCUUUUAAAAAUAAGGUUCCCCAGACCAUAUAUACAGAUCUAAUUCCCUCCACUGAAAUUAGCAAAGAAGGUUCAGCAUGAGGAGGAAUGGUAUGCGCAUAGACAUAGACGGAAUGGUUGGCCUGGAAAUGCUUGCAUUUGAUUAAAGGUUUUUGCACCAUGAAGUACUGUUUUCUCUCACAUUCAUAAGGUACAUUUAUGCCUUGUCACAUCCAGUAUCUGGGGUUGAUCUUGGACUAAAUCUUAAGAAAUGCAUGCUGAGCUUUUGCUCUCAUUGGUGACUUUUCUUGGGAAUCUAUGUAAGUUACAGUAUAUCAACAUAAGAUUUAAGUGCAAACAUAGAAAGGAGGCUUGGAUCCAUCCUCACAACAGAUGUUAUCAGGAGCAGAGUCAAAUCAAUAAAUAGGCAAUACCAUCUUGAUUAUCUCUUCCUUUGUAGAACUAGACAGAAGGAUACUCAGAAGUGGCCACGUUCUUUCUUUGUUCCUGGAUUCUUCUUAGAUCACCAUAUUUGUCGGUCUGGGUAUAGAUGGAAAAUACUUUUUAAAAGCUAUCUUUGCUUCAUUUUAGGCUUAUAAAACUUUCACAUGUCAUUUCGUAACAGACUGGACACUUAAGAAACAACUUCACAAAGAUAAGACUGUGUAGUGCUGGUUGAUUUGAAGCAUAAAGUUGUGUUUGUGUUUUUCCACUGUGGCAUGGCAGAUUCCGUUCCCUUUCAACAGCUGAUAUGGUGGGAUUUGUCUCAGCGUGUUCUCUCAAAAAGCUGACUCCAAGUACCACAGUCAAGCAUUUUCUUCACUAGGACAACUCAAAUUUACAAAAUAGUAUGCUAUAUGCUAUAGUAUAUAUAUUGUAGCAUUUUGUGUAUAGGAUUUCUGUGGAAAAGGCUGGUUUGAGGGUCUUUUUUGGUAAAUUCCUAAUGUACAUACCAGUUCUGAAGUUUGGAGAUACUAUACUGUCAGAUACUAAUUAUCUUUGCUUUUUAAGUUCCUUAAUGAUUAGACGUGAACACCUUUAUUUCUUCAAUAUCCAGUAAAGACUUAACAGACUUUCAAUUCCGUGGAACUGUUCUGUGUUGAAGCACUUAUUAUGCUUCACAUAUAAGAAAGAACAACAAUUUCAAGCACUUUAAAUUUGGAGUACAGACACAGGGGUCCAGAAAAAGAAAAGCCUGUCAACAGAAUGUUUAUUUGCUUCUAAUGUGCAGAAAGGAAGGAAAGGAAGGAAGGAAGGAAGGAAGGAAGGAAGGAAGGAAGGAAGGAAGGAAGGAAGGAAGGAAGGAAGGAAGGAAGGAAGGAAGGAAAUCUACUUUUUCAUUGUUCCAUGGAUUUCUUAUUGUUCAAUGAAAGAGGAAGCAUGUCACUAACUUCAUAAUGGGUUUCUAAAGCAGAAGUAAAAUCAGAAGAACAUUAUAACAAAUGGACGAUAGAAAAUAUCUGGCCAGGGGAACCGCCAAACUGUUCCCCUUCAAAUGUGUUGGACCACUACAGCCACAGUCAUUGUGGCAGAGGUUUAACAUAUCUGCAAAACUUUAAGUUGGAAAAGGCUGCUUUAUAGAGCUUAAGAAGUGAAAUAAUUUUAAGAACAUCUAAUCACAAACUGAUAGGAUUCCUUUUUAGGAUGUACUACCUUGGAGUACUGAUAAUAGAUCACAAGACUGAAGGCCAUCUAUUUUAUUUAAAAAUAACAAUAUUGCCUAGUGCAAGGAUAAUUAUGUUAAAAAUAAUCCAGACCCAUCUGAAGAACUCUUCCAAAAGGUUUUAUCAGUUUUGCUUUUUGUAUAGAGGUUCAUUGAAAUAAGUAAAUUAUGCACUGUAGAUGUAACAGGUCAAGGCAGCUCAACCCCAUUAUAUGUCUUAUCAAAUAAAUCCAAUUUCAUUUAAAAUCAUGAAAUGCAAAGUGAGCAGCCCUUUACAGGGAAAAUUAUCCUGCCUUGUAUGAGUUUAAUGACUAUAGAAUGCCAGUUGUUUGCUAAAUUACAUGGCACUAUUUAAAGCCUAGUAAGUAUAAAUUAUAUUUAAAGAGUCCUCAUUAAAUCUGUCCACAUGUUUAGCUUUAUUUUUAGUUUUUAAACUAGGGCCUGAUUUGAUGACCUGUAUUAGUUUAACAUUACUACAAAAUGAAGUGCUUUGGUAAUCAUAAGCAGUCCUGUAAAUAAGAUCCCUCAGUCCUUGUUCAGUGAUUCUUUAUAUCAUUUCACUUAUUCAAAAAUCACAGGAUUCCCCAGAGUGUUUACCUUGUACUUAAUUAUGAAUUCCUAAAUUAGAUUCAUAGAAUUGAGAUGAACUAUUUAAUCAAAUGAGCCAUCAAAUCUAACAUUCUCUUCAGUGCAGGAAACCAAAUUAAAAUAUCUAUAACAGAUGGUUGUCUAAACUCUGCUUGAACUUACCCAACAAAGGGCAGGCCACCACCUCUUUAAAUUGUUGCACUAUUCAGAGUACAAGGACAGAGGACUGGUCUUAACAUAUCUUCAGUGUGGCAUUUCUGUCAUUUCUCCCUUGAAUCUUUUCGAAGCUAAAUGAAGCAAGCACCCUCAAUCUCUCUUCAUAGGAGUUUUGUUUCUGUGCACCUGAUCAUCCUCAUUGCUCUUUUCUGAACUUUCCUAAUUCUCCAAGUCUUCCUUAAAGUGCAUUUUGCAGAAUUGGACACAAUGUUUUAGAUAAGUUUUCACCAGCAGAUAAGAAAGUGUGACUAUUACUUCCCAUGAUUUAGCAACUAUCUUCAAUUGAGGCAGCUUCAAAUUGCAUUUGCCUGUUUUGCAGCUGCCACAAACUAUUCACAGUCAACAAUUAUUCCUACUUUUUUCAUAAAUACUCUUAUUUUCAUUCUGUAUUUGUGAUUUUAUUUAUUUAAUCUACAUAGAUAGGGUUGUUUCUUUGUUUGUUCAGAUUGUUAAGUUCACCCACCAAAAUCUUUUUUAAUUUUAUUUGUGCAUUCUAACAAAUUAAUUAUCCAACGGUACUGUGCUACCUGCAGAUUUGAUUUUGCACCUGUUCAUCCAAAUUAUUAAUAAAAAAUAUAGUGAGUCCAAGAAUGAAACUUGUAGAAGCCUAUUUAAUAUUUCUCUCCAAUCACUGAUAAACAAUUUCUGAUUACAGACUCAUCUACAUUUUUUUAGACUCAUCUACAUUUCAGUUUAACUGUCAAGCCAUCCAGCCUAUAUUUAACUAACUUGUUGAUCAGGUCAUGAGAUACUUUAUCAUAUGUUUUAUAGGUAUUCUUACAUUGUUUAGUGAUCACAAAACAACUGAGCUACUCACUUGUUAACUAAGAAAAAAUAUCACUGUGCUUAUCAUUUUAGUUUGGUUUUCCUUUGCUUUAUAGAUCUGCAAAGAUUGUAAAUGCCAGGAUUGACUACAAGUUACUUUUUCAUCACCAUUGUAACUAUGAGUAAAUACUGAAUGAGGCAGUUGCUAAAGGCUUACUUGUACUAAAAUCAAGAUAUAUUGUAUUAGAGCAUUUACACUGUCUAUCAAGAAAGUUAGACAGAAAAAAAGAUUAAAUUUAUCUGGUAAGUCUGCUAAUUACUGCAUCAAAGGCGCUCACAAAUUAUUAUUAUUUUAGCAAGUGGUAUUCCUUGGUUGACCACCAAGGAAUCCCGGGCUAUAGACCAGACUGGAAAGUAAAAAAAAAAAAAAAAAAA